CAAGCGGAGACGCAUUCGUAUCAUGCAACCACUGCUGACCAGCCAGCUUUCCAAGUUCCAGACAAACAUGGACACGGCACCAAUUCCCCCCCGGUUACACGGUUCCCCCUCAAGCCCGCGGUCGCAUCCGCCGUGAUUGGUUCUCUGUCGCUCUCGAAUCUCAAUGACGACAACAUCGAGGUCAGCAUGACGCUGGUCGCUGGGGAACGGAGAAUCCCAAUCGUUGCUCCUCUUUUUCUUCACUGGAUCAUGGCCAGCCUGCAUCUCGGCUCUCCCGGUUCCCGUUAAAUACCCAGUCGAUCCCCCUCAUAUACGCUCCUUUCCCCCGCAAUAUCCUUUCGCAUCGGACUGUCUCUACACCAUCAUCAGUGUCGAUAGUUCUGUUGAAAUCCAUCAACAUGAUCGAGUCCUUCAUCAAGGCGACUCCAACUCUCCCUUGGCCUGAGCCAUCGCCCACCUCGUCGGUGGCGCCCAUUCCCACCGUCGUUCCCGGCAGUGAUCCUAUCUUCCAGGUGCUCCAUGACACUGGGAAACGGACACUAUGGGUGGUCACUGUGCUCAUGGGUAUCUCCUCUCUCGUGUUCUACGUUCUAGGUGCUCGGGUUCCUAUCAAUAAACGUGUGUUCCAUGUUAUUGUUGCUCUCGCCAGCACCAUCUCCUUUAUUGUCUACCUUGCUCUGGCGACUGGACAAGGCAUGGAUUGGAAGCUCGACAUCCUCAAGGAGCACAACAAGCACGUCCCCAAUACCACGCAGGAAUACUACCGCCAGAUCCUCUGGCUCCGCUAUGUCCUCUGGUUCUUGACUGAGCCUUUGGGCCUCAUCAGUUUGUCGCUGCUCUCCGGUCUGCCUGGAGCUCACCUGCUCAUCGCCAUCGCGGCCGACUUUAUCAUGCUGGGCUCGGGUAUUCUGGGUACCUAUGCUGGCCAUUCCUCGCGCAGAUGGGUCUGGUUCACUAUCAGCGCAAUCGGCUAUCUGACGACGGUUUACCAUAUCAGUGUCCAUGGAAGCCGGGCAGCAAGCAACAAGGAUGUCCAGACCAAGCGGUUCUUCGGAACUCUAUCGGGUGUCAUGUUGUUUGUCAAGCUCCUGUACCCAGUCGCCCUCGCUGCGGGAGCUUUGGCUCUGAAGAUCAACGUUGAUGUCGAGACUAUCCUCUUCGCCAUCUACGAUAUUUUCUCGCAGGGUAUUCUCGGAUACUGGCUGCUUAUUGCCCACGACGGCGCUCCUGGAAUUACUCUCAAUGUUGACGGAUUCUGGUCUCACGGUCUGGGUAACGAGGGCGCUAUUCGCAUUAGCGAAGAGGACGGAGCAUAAGCAAGCCACCCCGGUUAUCAGGUGCCUCAAGAUUACAUGGGUGGCGCGUCUUCGGUAAUACAUUACCUUGGUUCACCAAUCAAUGUGCCAGUCGCUACAAUUCUUACCACUUACCUUCCUUUCACCAUCUCACUACCCUGCUUACACUCUCUAAUGAUCACGACAUGAUAUGACAUGACACUUUCAGCAUCAUAUGAAGCCAGUAUGACACUAAUAUGCCCCGAAUACCACGAUAUGGAAAAGUUUCGGUUACGCGUGGUGGCAUUUAUCUUUCUGAAGGAUAUAAUCAACCCUACUUCUUUCUACAGGAACACUGUCUUUUGAUUGCACAUUGUGUAUAGUUGUCUUCUCAAUUAGGACGAAAUUGGGCGUUUGGAUAUCGAGCUGCCUGUCUAACGCACAUGUGCUUUUGUAUGGUGUAGUUGGUUUACUUUGAGUUCUAGUUUAGUUCAGGAACGUAUCUACAAGAUCAGAAUGUGAUAAC